AUGCUUUGGCAGACGUGGCACCGGGAACUCGGAGGCGGGGAGCGGCUGGGAAGUGGCCGUGGCUGUUGGACCCUACGGAGCUGCGGGAGCGGGAGCCUGAGUGGAGAGCGGAGCCCUCCGUAGGCAGCGGCGGCAGGGAUGGCGCGGGUCGGGCGGGCAUGGCUGCUGCUGCUGGCGAUCUCGGUGGUCCUGCCAACGUGGCUGUCCUCCACAAAGGUCUCCUCGCUCAUCGAGAGAAUUUCUGACCCCAAGGACUUGAAAAAACUUCUCAGGACCCGGAAUAAUGUGCUGGUGCUUUACUCCAAAUCUGAGGCUGCAGCUGAAAGUCAUCUCAGGUUAUUAUCCACUGUGGCCCAGGCAGUGAAAGGACAAGGCACCAUCUGCUGGGUAGACUGUGGUGAUGCAGAGAGUAGAAAAUUGUGCAAGAAGAUGAAAGUUGACCUGAGCCCAAAGGACAAAAAGGUUGAAUUAUUCCAUUACCAGGAUGGUGCAUUUCAUACUGAAUAUAACCGAGCUGUGACAUUUAAGUCUAUAGUGGCCUUUCUGAAGGAUCCAAAAGGGCCCCCACUGUGGGAGGAAGAUCCUGGAGCCAAAGAUGUUGUCCACAUUGACAGUGAAAAGGACUUCAGACGGCUCCUGAAAAAGGAAGACAAGCCACUCCUCAUGAUGUUUUAUGCUCCCUGGUGCAGCAUGUGCAAGAGGAUGAUGCCACAUUUCCAGAAGGCUGCCACCCAGCUGCGAGGCCACUUUGUGCUGGCUGGGAUGAACGUCUACCCCUCGGAAUUUGAAAACAUCAAGGAGGAGUAUAAUGUGCGAGGCUACCCCACCAUCUGCUAUUUCGAGAAAGGACGGUUUCUGUUCCAGUAUGACAACUAUGGGUCCACAGCUGAGGACAUUGUGGAGUGGCUGAAGAAUCCGCAGCCGCCACAGCCCCAGGUCCCCGAGACUCCCUGGGCAGAUGAGGGCGGCUCCGUUUAUCACCUGACCGAUGAAGACUUUGACCAGUUUGUGAAGGAACACUCCUCUGUCCUCGUCAUGUUCCACGCCCCAUGGUGUGGACACUGUAAGAAAAUGAAGCCAGAGUUUGAGAGCGCAGCGGAAGUCCUCCACGCAGAAGCGGACAGCUCUGGUGUCCUUGCAGCUGUCGAUGCCACCGUCAACAAGGCCUUGGCAGAGAGAUUCCACAUCUCCGAGUUUCCCACACUGAAGUAUUUUAAGAACGGAGAGAAAUCCGCAGUGCCUGCGCUCAGAACAAAGAAGAACUUUAUUGACUGGAUGCGAAACCCUGAGGCCCCGCCACCCCCAGAGCCCACCUGGGAAGAGCAGCAGACCAGCGUGUUGCACCUGGCCGGGGACAACUUCCGGGAGACCCUGAAGAAGAAGAAGCACACUUUGGUCAUGUUCUAUGCCCCUUCCUGACCUUGGAUCUCCCGCCCCUGAAUCACAGGUUCCGGUGGACUGUAGAGCGAAGGGUGGAAGGCUAGCCUGAGGACCAGGGGCUUGGUUUGGCCAUGUGGUCCGGGGUGGGGAUUGAGCAGUGGGGGCUCAGGUGAAGUAGUUCCUCCUCCCCACACCUUUCCCAGCCCGUUCUCUCAGCCAUGAAGUGGACAGUAUAUACCGCAGUCCCUAGGGAAGAAGAAGGGGACUCUGUGACAGGCUCAGAGAAUCCUGAGCACACAUCCUCCUUUUCCGAGCCCAGAGCUCCCCCCUCUACGCUGGCUCCGAGGGCAGCCCUCUGUGGAAGGAGCUUGCAGAGCAAGACUGCAGCAACUGUCUCCCCCACCCCAGCCUCUUCAGCCCCAGUGUGUGACAGGAGGAUGGGGUGGUAGGUCCCGGGCAAGAGCAGACCUCUCCCCAAAGUCCUUGUGCUGACAGCAGACACACAGGGCAGUGUUUGAGUGGCUGGGUUGACACGUGGACCCUGACAGUCUGGUGUGUAAGGGGUGGGAGUCGGAUGAACCCUCACCUGCUGUUGGGUGGAGGGAAGCCCCUGGAAAGGCUUCUCUUCAGUGCCAGGAAGGACCCCUGGGCCUGCAGCCUCCCUCAUGUGCAACACUUGAUCUUUCCCCUCCC